AGUGCCUGGAGGAGCUGGCUUGCCUGAUUGAGCGCCACACUAUCAACGUGUGUCAGCCGAGCGUGCCCAAGGCUGUGUCCUCGCUCUGCGCACACAUCAGUGACCGAGACAACAGCGUUCGAUCGGCGGCGCUCAAUGCGCUUGUUGGUGUGUAUGCGCAGCUGGAAGAGGCCAUGUUUUGGAAAUACCUCGGAACGGUCAGCGAGAAGGAAAGGAGUCUUCUCGAAGAGAGAAUCAAGCGCUCCGGCAAGAAGUCCAUGGCCUCAGCUGCCACCUCUAAGGCAUCAGCACCCGGCAGCACAGUCGCAGCGCCAUCAGCCGGCAGCAAGCUAUCGCAACCAGGCAGCAAGUUACCAGCCGCUGGCGACAAGAAGACGAUUGGUGGAAUACGGCCUCCGCAGUCUCGAUCUGGAAGCGCCGCGUCCACUGCCCCGGCUAGCAGCAAUACUGGUGCUAUCCCUGCCUCGGCCACUAGUAGCAAUUCUUCCACAUCCUCUGCCGGUAGUGCUGGCUCAUUGAGCAGCGGAGCUAUCGCAGCACCGGCCGCGGCAAUGUCGCAAACGGUCGGCGUUGUCAAAGGCGAUCAUUUUAGCAUAGAUUUGAGUGGUCCGGAGUUCACCGUAGAUCCCGGUCUCGUUCCGCCGGUGCAGCUGAAAAAUGCCGGCAAUGUUGGAGAGCUUGUACACCCAUACUCGGUACCCGAGAGAAUUUCUGCCCGGCUUGGUAGUCGUCUCCAUGGUAUAUCCAGCACAGCCGUUGCGUCAUCGUUCUCACACAUGACAUCGUCACGUCCGUCGUCGGCGGCGAUGACAUCGUUGGUAUCGCCGGCAAGAAGCGGCGCACCCGUCACCUCCACGCCGAUCUCCAGGCCCGCUUCGUCAGCUGCUGCUACCAUGCCGGCGGCAGACCAGAGUGUGCGCUCCGAGAGUGUGCGUUCGUUCGGCAUGUCGUCGUCCAACUCGCUGACAUCCUCGGCUAACACCAGCACACGGCCAGUGACUACGCGAUCGCCAUCCUCACUGGAUAACCUACUGCGUCAGCUGACCAGCGCCCAGCUGCCCACUGCACUGCAGGCGUUGAAGGAGCUGGAAAGUCAAAUGCAGAUUCCGGAGGUAGUCGAUGCAUUGUCCAAACGUGUCGAUGAUCUUCUGCUGUCACUGGCCCAGCAGUUACAGAUAGCCUGCAGUAUACACGCUCUGAGAAGCAAGAGUGGCUCACCCGACGAUCUGAUGAGGUUGCUCAAGUACGUUGUUCACGUACAAGUGCCAGUGCUACAACAAGCAUCGCUAGCACAGUCCAUAUCGCGCCGCGGUCUAACACAGCUACUCUGGCAGCUGCUUGCCUCUUUGAAAGACGAGAGUCUUCUUGCGCUGCCGGAUGUUUCCCAGCUCCAUCGCACGAUAAACAUCUUGUUUGUGCGAUACUUCGAGACCUGUCGGCCUAAUGAGACUCUUGGUUCUGUCAUAGAGUUGCUGGGACAAUGCUGUCAGGAGGGCAGUAGUCGGGCCAAUCUCACUGAACUGGUCCUCAAGUGUUUGUGGCGCUUGACACGUAUGCUGGACAAGCUCCUGCCCAACUGCCAGUUAGACCGUCUGUUUCUGGACUUGCACAACUUCCUGGUCAUGCAUCCGUCAUCCGUGUGGCGACAGCGGGCUAACAACAUCCCACUGCGCUCUAUCAAGACCAUUAUCCAUCACAUUGCAGAGAAAGUCGGACCCAACCUGAUGAAUCAUCUAACGCUGGUUGAGAACGUCGGAGAGUCUGAGCUGAUGCUGUUCUUGCAGAAGCGCCUCAUGUCGUGCGGUGCCACUGCUACUGCUACUUCUACAGUGCCCGACACGGUACCGUCUUCUAGUGUUGCUGGUGGUGGUGAUGGUGUUGCAGCAGUGCACAGUCAGAACACGGCACCAACAGGCCUGGCCCAACCGGCGGCGGCGUCCAGUUCAACUAUGGGUGCACCCGACAACGGCAAUGGCGAGUCUCGCAUGCGCGCUCCGCUUCUCUCGUCCUCGCGUGACAACGUCUCCCACUUGCCUGGCUCGAUGAGUGCCGCAGCGGUGGCCAGUAAAGCCGACAAACCAGCGCUGUCGUCGUCGGAGUCGUUACUCGCCAGUGCACCUGCCAGUGUAACGACGCCCGUCGUGUCCCUGUCCGCUGCGCCCGGCAGCUCGCGUCACUUCAAGCCGUUAUCGUCCAGUGCCCGGCAGCAGCUGGCUAACAUUGUGUCGAAGAUUGGAGCACGCGAGAACAGCCAACAGGGUUUGCAAGAGCUGUAUGACUUUGUGCAGAGUCAUCCGGACGCUAACAUCUCGCCGUUGUUCGACGUGUGCUCACCGGAGUUCCGCAACUUUGUCGAGAAGUCGCUGCGAAACAUUGCACGCCAGAGGUCGCGCGAGGCCAAGGCCCCGGCUAGCAGUACGUCGGUGGGCGGCAUGCAGGACAACCUGGACUCUCUGCGCUCCUUAUUGCCUAGCGGUGGGCGUGCUGCUUCUGGUGAGAGCGCUGGCGCUGUUGCAACCGAUGUUCACGCAGAAACUACGAUACCAUCUUCUACUGACGCCACCCUAGCUUCAGGCAAUACAUUGGCAGCAGCCAAGUCUAACCAAGACACGCUGGAAAGCUUCCGACGUCGACUGGACCGCAUCCGGGAACCAUCACCGUCAUGAUCCGCCUCAUACUAACGUCUACCUCUAUCCUCUAUGACAUCGUGAUGAUGUCAUAUCUAAUUAUGAUGAUGUCCUAUCUCUUCUUCUGCUUGCUGUUUCUCAUGAGUAUCCAAUAGUUUGCUAGUGUCCAGUGCAGUUUGCAUCUUGGAUCGUUCGUCAUGCACUUUAGACAUAACCGCUCUCACUGCAUAUGACGUCAUAGUGCUCGGAUAUCCUUUUCAAUACUCCCCCCCCCCCCCCCCCCCUCUCUCUCUCUCUAUGCUACACGAAGCUCCGUGUGUUUCAUGCCGGUUUUUACUCUUAUUUUAUGCAUCCUUUUUUAUGCAACCUUGCUUCUUCUUCUUUGUGGUUGCCAAUGAGUUGUGGAUCCUUUUGCUCAGCUAGUUCUAGCAUAUUGUGUCCUCUUUCUUUCUUUUUUGCACGGCGGUACUAACAUCUAUCAAUGCUCCUUGCUCCCACCUUGCCCGCUGUGCAUGCCAAAUCACCGUGCGGCCGAGUCUCGUUCCUUCUGUCUGUCCAAGUCCAGUCUUCUUCGGUGCACAGGCACCUUCCACUCUCCUUUCUUUCAUGGACAUGAGAUUCUCAUCUUCCAUUACGGCACCAGAUGUGUCAAGAGCGAACUCUUGCAUAACCAAAGUAAUUGUACUAUUCUUCACGAAAUGAAAUUGCAUCGAUUUUUGUCUGGAUUCUAUUCUUAUUGUUAGCCCUGGACGCGUUUCUUUCCGCCUGCGACCGCUCGUAUCUCCUAUUUGUUGUGUGUCAGUUUCUGUAUUAAACUAUCCUAGUAUCCUU